UCAUUGAUGGGUGUUGAGUUAGAGCACAGCCCUCAUGAGCCCUGUUAAUGACCAGACGUCACCCUCCAGCUAUGCAGAGGAUAUGCAGGGCAGCUUCAAAUAGUCAGUGCUUUCUUUCAGUGUUCAAUUGAAACUUGGUGAUGACUAUUUACUUUGGUCUCUCUGGAGAGACAAACUGCAACUGAAUCCAAAAGUAGGCUGGGCUUCAGGACGUAUCUGUUCAUAGCACGAAUGUUGUUAGGAUCAAAACGCUUCUGCAUCUUGCUGAAUAUCACCGCAGACGUUUCCUUCACCGUAUUUACAAAGAUCCCGCUUUGUGAUGAGGUUCCCCAUCACCCUCGCUUUCUGCACCAUGUUCGGAGUCGCUGUGGCGCUAACCAGGCCACAAUCUAAGGUGGCUUCCAGGAAUACUGGUCCCAACAGAAGGACACCCAGCCCCUCGAGUGGGGAAUCUGUGCCACCUGCCGCUCACCCACAACUAGCCCUCGGUAACCUCACCGCCGCAGAAGACAAUGACAACCUGGUGUCCAAUGUCAGGACUCUGGCACAGACCCUGCACCAAUGUUCAAAAUCAACGAGUGCAGAAGAAAUGAAACUUAACUUCUUGAAAAGCACCACAGUGACUUGCAACGAUGGAACUCCAGCUGGAUAUUAUCUGCGGGCGUCCAAAGGGAGUCGCCGAUGGCUAAUAUUUCUGGAAGGUGGCUGGUGCUGUUACAACAAGGAAAGCUGUGAUGCAAGAUACAGAUCAAUCCCACGCCUCAUGAGUUCUACCGAUUGGCCACUGACACAGAAAGGUUCUGGAAUUCUCUCUGCGGAUCCUGAAGAAAACCCUCAGUGGUGGAACGCUAACAUUGUCAUUGUACCUUACUGUUCAAGUGACGUAUGGAGUGGAACAGCACCAAAGGCCCGCCAAGCGGACUAUGCAUUCAUGGGCUCGUUGAUUCUGAGGGAAGUAAUUAAAGAUUUAGUCCCCAAGGGCAUUAAGUUGGCAAAGAUUGUCAUGCUUGCUGGAACCAGUGCUGGUGGGACAGGAGUGAUGCUGAACAUCGAACGGAUCGCCAACCUUCUCACACAUCUGGGUGCUGAUGUUCAGGUGCGAGGGCUGGUGGACUCUGGCUGGUUCCUGGACAAUAAGCAGCCUCGGCAGAAUGAAUGCACUGAUGUGACCUCCUGCAGCCCCAACUACGUCAUUAAAAAAGGACUCCGGUUGUGGAACGCCGUUAUUCCUGAACGAUGCAGGCAACUGUUCCGAAGGGGCGAUGAGUGGCAGUGUUUCUUUGGCUACCGGAUUUAUCCAACCCUAAAAUCCCCAGUGUUUGUGGUGCAGUGGCUCUUUGAUGAAGAACAGCUGAAAAUGGAGAAUAUUCAACUGGGAAGCCAUUCACUGACAGAGAGCCAGUGGAACUACAUCCAGAAUUUGGGCAGAGACCUCAGAAAUUCUCUGCGAGAUGUAUCAGCGGUGUUUGCCCCAGCAUGUCUAUCACAUACCUUGAUCUCCAAGAGCAACUGGCUGGACUUUCAGGUGCGGGGAACUUCCUUGAAUCGAGCGCUACAGUGUUGGGAUCGGAGUCUUCAGGAAAACAAGAACUCGCGGCCCGCAGCCAGGAAUUGUUCAUUCCAUCUUAUAGACCAGUGCCGCCUGCCACACUGCAACCCCACCUGCCCAGCCCUGCGCGACCAGGUGACGGGCCAGGAGGUGAACAUGGUCCAGUUACUGAUGAACAUGGGCUUUGAUGUACAGAGAAUAUCCGAGCAGCUUGGAGUGGCGCCGCGCCAACUCCUGGGGAUGCUGAGUAAUGGGGGUUAGACCCAGCGCUCACCUGCUCCCCUCCCUCCCUCCGUGUGAUCCGUACAGUGAAAAUAAUGGACUUCAGUCACAGUAUUGCUUGUUUAACCCAGCAUCACAGGCACGGUUCAACUCCUUCGCUGCCCACCCAGAGAGUGGCGAGUUUCACUUGGCACCCGACCACAUUGUCACACACACGCCUGUUGUUUCAGUCAACCUUUGAUCACAGAGUGUUUAUUAUCGAUAAUUUCCACCCAGGCACCAACACAACCAGAGAUCAGAAGAUCAGAGUGCUCUAGUAUCUUUCAACACAACAGCGUGUGUGUUUGUGGGAAUGCUUGACUCGCUCUCCACAUCUUUAUCUCAGGCAGUUGACGACUUAGACACCCAUUGUUAUCACUUAUACUUUCCAGCUUUUUGUUGCUGCUGUUUGCAUUUAGAUUUACGGG